UGACAGACGCGUCUCAGUCCAGCUGACCUGCGCACGGCAGCUGCUCGUCAUUGGAAGCUGUGCGCUGCAGCCUUCCCACUGGCUUUUUGAGUGUCACUGCUCCUUUCUGCCGGGCACAAACAGUGGAAAUCACAGCAGAUACGACAACCAAGAGGCGCAGUUAUCUUAUUGAAUACUUUUUAUUUGCGUCAAUAAGGCUGCUUGUUCAUUUUAUUAAAUUCUCAAAUCUUGCGUCCACCCCUCGCAUAUUAAUCCUGAAGCUGCGGAUUGUGCAUGGGUCAGAUGCAGAAGCCUGCAGUCUUGUGUACGGAAGAUACCACGCUUCAUAGGUUAAUUCUGAUAAAUACUGAGAACUGAACACAGAAAAGCCCAUUGGUGGAAGGGAGUUUGGAGUGGACGAUCCUCUGGUCUCCUGCAACAGAUAUUCCCUGGACUGGAAAUUGCCACUCAGAAAAGGACAUACCGCAGUUAGCUAGCAGUAAAGGAGGCUGAUGCUCAUGAACAGCAGUUCACGUUCCCUCCAGGCCUUUCUUCAGAAAACUGCCUCUCCUCUGAGCUUAGUGUGAGAAGAGAGAGCAGACAAGAUGGUGCUCAAAUCCCUCCCUUGGCCCCCAUUAAUCUCUUUGUAUGUAGGGUUGCUGCUGCCCCUUCUGUCCCCCGUAAUUGGCAAAGAAUGUCCUCGGCUGUGUGUAUGCGAGGUCCGCCCUUGGUUUACUCCACAGUCCACCUACAAAGAAGCAUCUACAGUGGACUGUAAUGACCUGAGGCUCACACACAUCCCUACCAACCUGUCCACAGAUACCCAGGUGUUGUUGCUUCAAAGUAACAGCAUCUCUCACACCAGCGGAGAGCUGGAGGCACUGUUCAACCUGACAGAGUUGGACCUGUCCCAGAACAACUUCAGCAGUGUGGAAGCGGUGGGCCUUACCAGCAUGAACCAGCUGACCACUCUGCAUCUAGAGGAAAACCAGAUCAGUCAGUUGCCAGACCACUGCCUGCGGGACCUCUCCAACCUCCAGGAGCUCUACAUCAAUCACAACCAGAUUAGUUCUAUCUCCCCUGGAGCAUUUGUAGGCCUGCACAGCCUGCUGCGCCUCCACCUCAACUCCAAUAGGCUUCGUGUCAUAGACAGUCGCUGGUUUGAAGCGACACCUAACCUUGAGAUCCUCAUGAUCGGAGAGAACCCAGUCAUUGGCCUACUAGACAUGAACUUUAAGCCUCUAGGGAGUCUGAGGAGUCUGGUUCUGGCUGGUAUGGACCUCACUGAUGUCCCAGGGAAUGCACUGGUAGGUUUGGAUAGCCUGGAGAGCAUUUCUUUCUACGACAACAAACUGGUCAGAAUCCCCCAGCUGGCCCUCCAGAAAGUUCCCAAUCUGAAGUUUCUGGAUUUGAACAAAAAUCCAGUUCACAAAAUUCAGGAAGGAGACUUCAGGAACAUGCUGCGACUAAAGGAGCUGGGCAUCAACAAUAUGAUGGAGUUAGUAUCUAUUGACCGGUAUGCCCUGGACAACCUACCAGAGCUCACAAAGCUCGAGGCCACCAACAACCCUAAGCUGUCAUAUAUCCAUAGACUGGCCUUUAGGGACAUGCCCUCCCUGGAGAGCCUGAUGCUCAACAAUAAUGCACUCAGUUCCCUCUACCAGCGCACUGUGGAAGUGUUGCCUAACCUUCGGGAGAUCAGUCUGCACAGCAACCCACUGCGUUGUGACUGUGUCAUACAGUGGAUGAGUUCAAACCGUACCACAGUACGCUUCAUGGAGCCCCUGGCCAUGCUGUGUGCUUCCCCACCAGAACUUAGAGACCAGCGUGUCAGAGAGCUAAGGCUGCUGGAGUCCUCAGAGCAGUGCCUCCCCCUCAUAUCCCACGACACCUUCCCCAGUCACUUGAGCCUGGAGUUGGGCAUGAGUGUCAGUCUGGACUGCCGGGCCAUGGCUGAGCCAGACCCUGAGAUCUACUGGGUGUCUCCUCUUGGAACCAAAAUCACUACAGACACUGUGUCAGAGAGGUACCACCUGAGCAGUGAGGGGACUCUGCGGCUGUCCCAUGUACAGGUGGAAGAUUCUGGUCGUUACACCUGUGUGGCCCAGAACACAGAGGGGGCGGACACACGGGUCAUCACCAUUCGUGUGAACGGUACCCUGCUCGACAGCACCCAGGUGAUGAAAAUCUAUGUCAAACAGACAGAAUCCCACUCCAUCCUGGUUUCCUGGAAGGUCAAUUCUAAUGUCAUGACCUCAAAUCUGAAGUGGGCCUCAGCCACCAUGAAGAUUGACAACCCCCACAUCACCUAUACAGCACGUGUCCCCGUAGAUGUUCAUGAGUACAACCUCACUCACCUGCAACCUGCCACUGAGUAUGAGGUAUGCCUCACUGUUUCUAACAUCCACCUGCAGACACACAAGUCUUGUGUUAAUGUGACAACUCGUAGUGCUACUUUUGCCCUGGAUGUAUCAGACCAGCACCCCAGUGCUGCUGUCCUGGCUGUUAUGGCUACCAUGCUGGCCUUCCUCAGCUUGGCCACAGUCGGGGUCUAUAUGGCCCGCAGAUGGAAGAGAAAGAACUAUCACCACUCCCUGAAGAAGUAUAUGCAGAAGACCUCCUCCAUCCCUCUGAACGAGCUUUACCCUCCGCUCAUCAACCUGUGGGAAGCCGACGGUGAGAAGGACAAAGAUGGCAGCACAGAGGGAAAACCCUCUCCUGUUGACACCACACGUAGCUACUACAUGUGGUGAGGAUUUAGCAAGGAGGCCUGGCUGCCUCUCCAGCAGCACAAACAGACACACUUUUGCCAUUUUGGUGCAAAAGUUGGAUAAAGUUGCAAAUGUUUUUGUAUUCUCAGCUUUGCUAAUAAGAGGCAGAGUGAUAAAAGACAGGAUUUUUAUUAGUAUAGCGUAUCGCCCUUGUUUGAUUCUUUCUAUCUAUCUCUCUUGAUUGUUUUGGUCUCUCCAAGAUGGCAGCUGUAUUUAGCCUCCAGGUUGUCUUAGUUGCUACGCUCUACUUCUGUGGUGCAUUUUUGACUCACUUUCUUUUGGGUUGACAGUGCAGCAGCAGGGGCCGCUGGUCUUGUUGGGGUUUUAGUAGAGAUCAGUGUUUAUUUCUCUGUUUUGUAAAACAGGUAAACUGUUGUGCACUGAUAGACAAUGGAGUUUGUAUGAACUUCAAUUAAAAGCUGACGGAGGGGUUUAGACUUGUUAUACUGUCUACUGAAUGUUAGCGAUUGUGCAGUAAUGUUGUAUCAACUAUACUUUUGAACUUUUUGAUUUUGAUUGCAAGAGAAUAGGAUUUUAGUUUAUUACUAAAUGUGCUGUUAAAUGCUAGAAACACAAAUGUUUAUUAAAGCAUUUUUGGUUUUUACUAUGGUACAUUAGACAUUUUUUGCCCCCUCCUUCCCCUCAUUUACUCACUUAAUUUGCUAGACUUUUGCUUAUUGCUUAGUUUAUGAUUUUCACAUGCAAAAUGUAUACUGAAGAAAUCAAAAUAAAUAAUUUUGUGUUCUUUUGGA